GCGCUCGUCCACUCAUGGGCAGUUUUGGAGUUCCGCUGAGGAGCCGCGUUCAUGGACUUGGCUAAAGAGUGGCAUAAAAACAGAGGUAACAUGUUCAAGGCACGAUGGCAUAUCCUCUUACUGUUCCUCACUGGAGCAGUGAGGUCACAGGUGAAUCCAGGCGUGUGCAGGUAUCCUCUGGGCAUGACCGGUGGCAAGAUCCAAGAUGAAGACAUUUCUGCCUCCAGUCAGUGGUCAGAGUCAACUGCAGCGAGAUAUGGCAGGCUCGACUUUGAUGACGGUGAUGGAGCUUGGUGCCCAGAUGUCGUGGCAGAGCCGAACAGUCUGAAGGAGUUCCUGCAGAUUGACCUUCGCACGCUGCACUUUGUCACACUAGUGGGCACCCAGGGGCGCCACGCUGAUGGCAUGGGCAAUGAGUUCGCCCAGCGCUACAGGAUAAAGUACAGCCGGGACGGCGGCCACUGGGUCUCCUGGCGCGACCGCAAAGGUGGUCAGAUCAUUGAGGGGAACAAAAACCCCUAUGACGUGGUGCUGAAGGACCUGGAGCCGCCAAUUAUCGCUCGCUUCGUCCGGUUCAUGCCUGUGACUGACCACUCCAUGAUUGUGUGUAUGAGGGUGGAACUUUAUGGAUGUGAAUGGCUAGAUGGUCUCGUGUCCUACAGUGCCCCUGCUGGCCAGGAGAUGACCUUACAUGACCAGCAUAUUUAUCUUAACGACACCGUGUACGAUGGAGCCGUGAGCCAAAGCAUGACGGAAGGCCUCGGUCAGCUGACCGACGGAAGUUGGGGUUUGGAUAACUUCACUCAAAGCCAGAUCUAUGGUGUGUGGCCUGGCUAUGACUAUGUCGGCUGGACCAACGGCAGUUUCCCCAGCGGCUCUGUGGAGAUGACGUUUGUGUUUGACCGUGUCAGGAACUUCACGUCAAUGAAGGUGCACUGCAACAACAUGUACGCAUUAGGGGUGAGAAUAUUCCGGCAAGUCGUUUGCUACUUCCGUUCGGAGUCGGAUUGGGAAGCCAAGCCUGUUUCUUUCAAACCCAUAGACGAUGAUACCAAUACAAGUGCACGUUUUGUCACUGUGGCUCUUGGGAAUCGCAUGGCCAGCGCCAUUAAGUGCCGCUUUGCAUUCAGUGAUGCCUGGAUGAUGUUCAGUGAGGUCGCUUUCCAGUCAGACACGGCAGCAUACAACACCUCUCUAGGUCCUCGGAAGCGUGGCCACCCAACAAGGGUCCAUCCAGGAGAUGACCCCACACACAAGAUCGAUGACAGCAACACACGCAUCCUCAUAGGCUGCUUGGUGGCCAUCAUCGUCAUCCUGCUGGCCAUCAUCAUCAUCAUCCUCUGGCGACAGGUCUGGCAGAAGAUGCUGGAGAAAGCCUCAAGACGCAUGCUGGACGAUGAACUGACGGCGCGUCUUUCGGCCCAUAGGGAAGCCUUCGCCCGUCGCCUCUCCUCCGUCUCCAGUGAAGCCGACUCCACCUCCACGUAUGAGCGGGUCUUCCCUCUAGGAUCUGACUAUCAGGAGCCUUCCCACCCCUUACACAAAUCACCAGAAUUUCAAGCCACGGAGAACCUUGCAGCGAUAGCUUCAUCCUCUGAUGAGUCUCCCGCAGGCCAUGCCGAUGAUGCCCCCCACUACGCAGAGGCAGACAUAGUGAGCCAGCAGCCUGUGAGCAGCCGAGGCUACUCCGUCGCUGUGGUCACCGUGCCACUGCCGCCGGGGAGGGACGGAGCUCUGGAGGAGUUCCCCAGAGAGAAGCUGACAUUUAAGGAGAAGCUUGGAGAAGGGCAGUUUGGAGAGGUCCAUCUGUGUGAGGCCAGAGGAAUGCAGGACUUCAUGAAGGAGGAUGGCGAUGGCAUUGGGGAUGAGCCCAUUCUGGUAGCUGUAAAGACUCUUAGAGAAGAUGCAACUAAAAAUGCAAGAAAUGACUUUUUGAAGGAGAUCAGGAUCAUGUCGAGGUUAAGGGACCCAAACAUCAUCCGCCUGCUGGCCGUUUGUGUGGAGAGUGACCCGCUUUGCAUGAUCACGGAGUACAUGGAGAACGGAGACCUCAACCAGUUCCUCUCUCGCCAUGAGCUUCAGGAUUCUGGAGGAGACCAGAAGAACAUCCCCACCAUCAGUUACAGCACACUGAUCCACAUGGCCACCCAGAUCGCAUCUGGUAUGAAGUAUCUGUCGUCCCUCAACUUCGUGCACCGUGAUCUGGCCACUCGCAACUGUUUGGUAGGGACAAACAACACCAUCAAAAUCGCAGACUUUGGCAUGAGCAGGAAUCUGUAUCGCGGAGAUUAUUACCGCAUCCAGGGCCGAGCUGUGCUGCCCAUCCGCUGGAUGUCCUGGGAGAGCAUUCUGCUGGGUAAGUUCACCAUGGCGAGUGACGUGUGGGCCUUUGGGGUGACUCUGUGGGAGACGCUCACUCUGUGUAAAGAGCAGCCCUACUCAGAUCUCUCAGACGACCAGGUGAUCGAGAACACAGGCGAGUUCUUUCGAGACCAGAACAAGCAGGUCUACCUCCCGCGGCCUGCCUGCUGUCCUGAUGCAGUUCACAGCCUCAUGCACAGCUGCUGGAGGAGGAACGCCAAGGAGAGGCCCAGCUUCCAGCACAUCCACAGCACUCUACUGGAACACCGGGCUGAACUGCACACAGACUGACAGAGAUCUGAGAGAAAAAUGGCUCCCACACCCGCACCGCCUCCUUCAGUGGCUCAGGCGUCCUAAAGCUUUUCAGCCCAGCUGUGCGCUGGUGACCAUGUACAGUGCUGUGGAAAAGUCAGAGGCCACGCUUCAGCUAUUAACUUCUAGUCAAAACAGCCAUUAAGUACAAGUUUAGUUCAGUCUUAGAAGUUGGUUGCACUUUCUGCUCCUCACAGGCCACAUUCAGCGAUGUUGAGGUCUGGACUCUGGGGUGAUCAGUCCAUUGUUCAGCUUCUUUGUUUGAGGUGUCCGUCUCCUUUUCUCAGUGAGGUUCCUAUUGACAGCUACACGUCCUUUCAGACCCAUAGCGCUGAGUGGUCUUCUCACAGUGGAAGGAUGGACAGAAACACCUGGGCAUGUUUUCAGAUCCGAAGCAUCUGCAGAUCUGAUUUUCUCCUGUCUCUCAAAGAUGAGAGCUUUAAGUGCUGUUAAUCUGAUGGGGGCAGUUUGAGUGUCUACCAGGUGUUCCGGGUGGUUGUUAGGAGUCCCAUUCUCCAGUUUUGGGAAUUUUGAGUGGACAUUACAUGAAGAAAAUAGAGGUGGUCUGACUUUUGCACAGGACAGAGUGUACAGUAAUUUCGAACACUCCUUUACAUUGAACACUAGGAACUAGCCAAGAACCUGACAUAGUGUUCAGCUGUAAAAACGCCUGUGUCAUUUCACAUGAGUAUAUAUUAUAUUCUAUGUUAUAUAUUUUAUUUUCUUAUUGCUUCUAAUACCAUUUAUGUGAGCUAAUUGCUUACACAUUGUCCAAAAAUGACCCUAUAUUUGCUUUUUUUUUUACAAUAAACUAUUUUAUUCUGCUUGAAUGCCUCCAUAUUGUCCAGCCAAUGUGGUUUGCUAUGCUUAAAGC